CAAAAUUGUUGUAUCCGUCGUUUUUAAUUGGCUAAAGAUAAACUUAAGAAAAAUAUCACAUUCUUCCAAAUAUCCCCGAGUUAGCUAUGGAGUCGUUGCAUCGAGUAGAAACUCUAAUCUCGGGCCUCCAUCAUCACCAUCGUACUAACGCCAACAGGAAUAGAGUAUCCAAAUCUGUCAAGUUCUCGAACUUGGGGAAUCAUGAAAACCCUAGAAAGUGCCAGUGUUUUGAUCUCUACGACCAAUUGGUUCCAUACAAGAAAGCUUGGUCAUGGCAGAAAAGCAUCGUCAAGGAGAAAAAGGCAUUGAUUGAUAGAAACCAAGACUGCCCAGACACUUUGAUUCUCUUACAGCACUCUCCUGUUUACACACUGGGAACUGGCAGUUCAGAGGAUUAUCUCAACUUCGACAUAAAGAAUGCUCCUUUCGAUGUGUAUCGAACUGAACGUGGUGGCGAAGUCACUUAUCAUGGCCCUGGUCAGCUAGUUAUGUACCCUAUAAUCAACCUUCGAAAUCACGAGAUGGAUCUUCAUUGGUACCUCAGGACGCUUGAAGAGAUUGUCAUCCGUGUGCUUUCCUCAAGUUUCUCCAUCAAAGCUUCCCGUCUUGAUGGUUUAACUGGAGUUUGGGUCGGCAACCAAAAAGUCGCGGCCAUAGGUAUUCGUGUGUCGAAAUGGAUAACAUAUCAUGGUUUGGCUCUUAAUGUCGCAACAGAUCUAACACCCUUCAACUCGAUAGUUCCAUGUGGGAUUAGAGACCGACAAGUCGGAAGCAUAAAAGGCUUGCUUGAGAAUGGAGAGCACGAAAAUGUGGAUGAAUUGAGAUUAAUAGAUAUAGCUCACGAGUCUUUACUUAAGGAAUUCUCUGAAGCUUUCCAGCUUCAAAUCGAAAAGCAGACAGUUUCAGAUCCUGAUAUUUAGAAAGCUGAGCCUUUCAAACGAUUGGAAUGACAAAAUCCUUGCAAUCUCUAUCACUUUCUUAUGUUUGUGUGAGAUUGGUCUCUCUACUUCUCUUUUGCACACUGUCAGGAUUUGUGAGAUGGCUUGAAAAGAAGAGUCUUCGAAUGGAGGAUGCAUGAAACCUAAGGCAAGGAAACUGCUCACAAAAGGUGUUUGUUAGUAAAAUGACUGAUACAUGGAGGAUGGCAGGAGUUUACAAAAGACCGAAUUACAAAACCGAGUUUACAAAAGUUUGCUGAUGGAGGUCCAUGUGCUAUGUAUGACGAUCAUCAAUGGUCCCUUUGUGGUCCAUAUAGGUGAUAGUAGAAGAAUCUUCAGCUUUUGUUUUGCUCUUUCCAAUUUCUGCAGUUUAAAUCGUUUUUUCCAAUUCAAUGUUGUCAGGCUUGGUUCCUCGGAUCACAGGAAGACAAGAAGUGGCUCAGGUUCCAGGAAAUGCUUUGAAGUUGAGGCAUUCUUCUUAAUGCUCUCACAGGACUUUGAUCAAAUGUUUCCAUCGAAAGAUCUCGGUCGACAUUAAUGCUUUCACGGAUUUUCUGGCUAACACAUAAUAGAAAACUGAAAGUUUAGCUAGCUUGGAUUGAUCAGAUAAUAUCUUCAGAAACCUCGGGGGUUCUUACGCGUGUCUCAAGUUCGAAAAAGAAACGGACAUUUGACCCGUAACAACCUUCGAUCCCCGCAGAUGGAACUCUCGAGGACUCUACUAUGCUGGCAGAACCGCAGUUUCUUCGUUGCCACGUGCUGUUGACAAACAUAGUUCAACACUAAGUUUCCAAUAUCUACAGUGUCUAUACUCUGUGCAUAAAACUGUUAGACACUAAUCUGGAAAAACUGCUUCUUUUAUGGAAACGAUGCGACCCUCUACUCCUAAAUCUCCUUUUCUUAGCUCCUCACUUGAAGAAGAAGCUCAUGAAGAUCGAAGAUUUAAAUGCUACAGGGGUGUUCGAAAGCGGGCGUGGGGAAAGUGGGUGUCUGAAAUCAGAGUUCCAAAGACUGGAAGACGAAUAUGGCUAGGUUCAUAUGAUGCUCCAGAGAAGGCAGCUCGAGCGUAUGAUGCUGCUUUGUUCUGCAUCAGGGGUGAGAGGGGAGUUUUCAAUUUUCCAACUGACAAAAAGCCGCAGCUGCCAGAAGGUUCUGUCCGGCCUCUGUCCAAGCAUGACAUACAGACAAUAGCAACAAACUAUGCUUCAGCAGUUGUGUCUGUGCCUUCCCCUACCACCACGAUUCCGGCAACAGCUCAAGUUCCCUCUCAGGGUCCUACUUCCCCUGAUGCAUCUGUUUCUAAUGAGAUUAUAGAGAUGGCGAGUGAACUUUAUCUCCCAGUCGACGCAACUGCAGAAUCAAUAUUAUCAGUAGAAGACUUACAGCUGGACAAUUUCCUCAUGAUGGACAUCGACUGGAUAAACAAUCUUGUCUGAUCAUGCGUAACGCAGCUUGCUUGUUUACUUUUAGCUUUAAUAUGGGUUUAACUACUAGUUACCUGUGUCCCUUUAGCUGCUUAUUGUGAGGGUAUACUUGCAUCCUUGUCUUUGAACUUGUUUUAUUUAGCAUGCAGUUCGUUGUUCUUGUUAUGUAUGUGUGUGCUCCUUUUUUGUUCUCUACUGGACUUCAUGAGAUGUUGUACAUGAAUGAAAUGAUUAGGAGUUGGCGUCUAACCUAAAUCUUCUGUUGCAUGUUUGAGACUUCUGUUUUAAAUAAUCGUUCCCACAUGAUUUUCCAACACU